ACUGCUGUUCCUCCAAGCCGAUGCUUUUCACUGCUGUUCCUCCAUCGUCCGUUGUCAUCCACACAGCGAUCAAGGCGCUGCGGAAUAGGGGUGUGUUUCUGUUACGUUCAGUGAAAACGUCGUAAAGAAAGCUCGACUUCAAGACUGAAUGGGAGUGAGUUAUUAAGCCAGUCAUUUCUACCUGAAGAUAUGGAGCACCAUUUCUGGAUGAGGCUGGAGUGAGACCGAAGCAACCCUGUCACGCCCACAGCGCCCCCUUUCGGCCCGGACGGCCCGCCACGCUGCGGCGCCCAUGAAAGGGUACCAUGUCAGCCGUAGCAUGUCCCAACAUUCCUCUGGUGGUGGUGGAGGAGGCCCCUGCCAUUGCACACCUGAUGAUUGCGAUGGCCCAGGCAGAGACUACUACCACAGUCACAGUGAUGGCCACUAUUACCCAGCUGAGGCUCUGGCACUGGAGAGGCACCAUUCCCACUCCCAUGCCCAUAGCCACUCUGGAGGGGGCACGUUCCCUCGUUCCCACCCCAGCCAGCACCCAGUUGUUCAGUCAUUUGACUCUUGUGAGGAGUGUCUGUCCUCGAGUCAUGGAGGGAAAAUGCGCCACAUUCCCCCAAAUCUGAUGGACCAGUUUGAAAAGCAGGUGCCCUUUCAUCCCGAUGGCUUCCACACACUGCAGUACCAACGCACUGCUAGUGGAGGUGCCGAGCAACGCAGUGAAAGUCCCUCUCGUAUCAGACACCUAGUCAACUCUGUUCAACGACUCUUUGCCAAGUCCCAUUCCCUAGAAGCACCAUCCAAACGGGAAUACAAUGGCACAAGAGGUGGUGGGGACUACCGUGGAGACAGAGGAGGUCACAGGAGUGGAGGGGAGGAUGGUGGAGGUCACUAUUCAGGCCACCAGUCUCGCUCUACCAGGAGGAACAAGUCUCGAGAGCGUAGCAAGAGUGGAGACUCACGGCACGAGUCAGGCAGACGCCACCGCAGCAGGACAGUGGGCUGGUGGAGCUCUGACGACAACCUGGACAGCGACAGCAGCUUCCUGGUGAGUGGAGGCAGACGAGGGUAUCCCAGCGGACACGAGAGUCUGGACGCUGCCAUCCAGGAGCUCACCUUGAAGAAACCAAAGGAGCGUGGCAGUGGGCAGGGGCCAGGAGAGUGCAUGUCCUGUACCACAAUGGCUCUGCCUGGGAGUGAAGGAGGGGGACACCACAGCCACUCCCUGAAGAGGAGCACCUGGUCAGCUAUGACAGUGAGCCAGGCCAGGGAGGUGUACCCUUCCACCAGGGGAGGAGGCUAUGACAAAGCUCUGGUGCCAAUAGAGAGCAAGCUGAAGGAGAGAUCCUUUCACUACCUGCAGGUCCCUUCAGAAGACUGGGGAGGUGCAUAUAGCGGUGCCACUGACAGCGGGGGGGAGAUUCCUUGCCGUCGCAUGCGGAGUGGUAGCUACAUCAAGGCCAUGGGUGAUGAUGACAGCGCAGACUCAGACACCAGUCCCAAAGCCUCACCCAAGUCUACCCUGAUUGCUCAGAAUGAUGCCUUCAGACGAUCAGUCAGCAUGGAUCAAAGGUACUCAUGUAAGCAGUGUACAGAUUCCUAUCCUAACAGCCGAACCACUCCCAAAACCCACACCCGCUCUCGCAGUUACACCCGCUCUCUGACCAGCUCUCAGCUGGGAGACACGCUGAACCGACAGUUUGAGGCAGUGUGUGAGACCAUGUUUGGGGGGGUGGAGUCUCAAGCCGUCGAGGCCUUGGACCUUCCAGGUGUAUUCCGCACUCGGAGUCACAGUUAUGUCCGUGCCAUCCAGGCCGGCUGUUCCCAGGACGAUGACUGCCUCUCCGUUUUCUCCAUGUCAGGCCCCCAGGGAAGCAUCAAGGGCGGGGCUGUCUUUCCUUACCGAAAAGGUGCUCCUCCCCCACUCCCACCUCGCAUGUCCAAGUCUUCACUCUCUGUCCGGGCCCAGAGCAGUACUGAGUCUACCCAGGAUUCCUACUUCCAGAGUAGUGGACAGCUGGCCUCAUGCACAGGAUCUGGGCAUUCCAAGCAGCACAGCAACUCUAUGGACCUAGGCAUCACUGACGGGCCCUCGGGUCGCUCCUCCAGAGGAGGGUACUACACCGCCACGGGCCCUGGGCGUGCCCGACAGCACAGUAAUUCAGCAGAGAGCCUGGAUGGGAUUAGGGGAUCACGGGAGCUGGUGCCCUACGGAGGAGGUCCAGGCGUUGGGUUCAGGGCCAAACAUAGCAGCUCAGCUGACAGUCUGCUGGAGGGGCCACCGAGGCCAGCUAGGGAGAGGGAAGGUAGGGUUGGAGGCAGCCUGGGGAAAUCAACUUCUCUGCCUCAGAACAGCAUAGUGCUGAGUAAAGCUGGAGGGCAGGAUGAAGGACAUGGUGGAAGAAAGUGGCGGCCAUCCAUAGCUGUACAGGUGGACAGCUCAGAGACCCUGUCAGAUUCAGAUGCAGAGGGCAAAGCUCUUACAGAGGUCCACUCUGUAGGAGUCCAAGUGGAAGAUGACAAAAGGCGAGCUCGUUUCAAGCGCUCCAACAGUGUGACGGCAAGUGUGCAAGCAGACCUGGACCCUGAGGGCUUCCCGGGGCUCAGCGUCGCUGUGCCAACACAGGACAAGAGUCUCCAGUUUGGCUGUUCCUUCCAAAGGCACUCGUCAGAGCCUGAAGCUGCUAGCCAGUACACAGAGUGCCACCGUACAGUCCAUACACAAGGGCAAUGGGGCUACAGAGAGGACUUUAUCCAAAGUGGCUACACUACUGAGGACCCACGGCCCCACCAGCACCCACACUUGCCUCCACAUUCCCACUCCCCUCUGCCCAUCACCUCUGAGCGACCUUGGGGGGGCACACCAUCUCUGGAGGGUCCCCGGAGCCUGCCUGAUUCAGGCCGAGCCUCACCUUGCAUGAGAGAUGGUGAGUUCUUCUUGCGCCUCCUGCAGACAGAGGUGGAGAGGAUGGAGGGCUGGUGCCAGAACAUGGAGAAAGAGGCAGAAGAGAACGAACUGCCAGAGGACAUACUUGAGCUGAUUCAUAAUGCAGUUGGCAGUGCCCAGAUGCUCAUGUCUCAGAAAGUCCAGCAGUUCUUUCGCCUUUGCCGACAAAGUGUGGACCCAUCAGCCUACCCCCAGCCCACCUCUCAGGACCUGGCAGGCUUCUGGGACCUGCUUCAGCUCAACAUAGAAGACGUUGGGGUCAGGUUUCAGGACCUACAGAGGCUCAAGGACUCUGGUUGGAGGCUCCCACCUGAAAAGAAGGAGGAUAAGAAUCUUCCUCCUCCCUUACCAAAGAAGCCAGCAGGUGGGGUGAGUGGUAGCCUACGGGCAGAUAGUGUUGGGGAUGGGGGCACUGGAGGUGGGUCAGGGGGGCUGGUGGUGCCUCGUUUGGGAGGACACACCCUACCCAUCAGGGAGAAGUCCCUGGACCUCGGGGACCGUCAGAGAACAGAAGCAAGGAGAAGACUGCUACAGACCAAGAGAACAGCAUCCUUCAGGCAGAACUCAGCCACAGAGAGCGCCGACAGCAUUGAGAUCUACAUCCCUGAAGCCCAGACUCGACUCUGAACACAAGACUGCAGCAUCUCCUUCUCUAUGUCCUUAGUUACUCUCACCCCUUCAAAGCCGACCUGCACCUAGUUUGGGAUCUUCUGCAGAUCAUUGCUUUGUUUCCACUAUAACCCCUUUAGCAUUCCCAUCAGUUCAAUUACCACAACUGCAAAUUAUGUGAUCUUGCUCAUUAAACAAGCAUUUUAGUGUGAUAAAAUUUGAGCGUUUUACUGACACAGAGACCUACCCUGAAAUGGUAACUAGCUGAUAUAAGUUACAGACCUUUCUAAGUCUCAGAAUAUCGUUUUUCAUUCUAACAUUUCAUCUUUUAUAACAGUGGGCGGCAGAGGUUCACACAGUAGUAGCAUGCAUGUGCAUGUUCACCUAGCAUCUCUCCAUCACUGAAAAUAAAGGGCUUAACAGGCACAAAACCUCUGACAGAAUCUCCCUGUAUGGAUUCCUGAUGCCAUUUGCAGCAAAAUCACUUUCCUAUUUGGGGAAUCACAACAAGAUGUAUCAACACUCUUCACUGAUGCUGCCAGUAAGGAUGAAUAACCAUGGAUGAAUUUCUCACCAUCAUUUUAAAUUUUCUUAAAGUUAAGUGGCUACCAGUCCCAAAAGAAUGUCCUCCAAGCACAGUCCACCAACUACAGCUGGCAUCUUUCACCCAGGUGCCAUCUAUCCACCCAGUCUCCAAAUCUGAAACAAUGUUCUGUCUCUCUCCUUCAUUCAUCACAUCUCCCAUAUCCAUCGACUAUCUUCAGCAUUCAGCUGUUUGAAUGCGCAAAUUCUAUUUGUACAUAGUGUGCACAGUCAUGUUUGCCAAAAGGAGCUGUUGCACUGUAGCAUCACAAACAAAAAUCCCGAGACGUGUGCUUUUUAUGUAGUCUUUCUGAAUUUUCGAGUGUGCAGGAGUGUGGUUGAUGGGAAUUUUUGGCUCCCAUUUCACUGUGAGACUAUAGCACCACCAAGUGGUCAAAAGAGGACCCAAAUAACAAUAGUGGUUUGGAACAGGUUCUUUCCAUGCCACUCAGGAAUUAACAAACACCCUGAUGAAACAGCCAUGAAAGAAAUUCAGUUUUUUAUCUGUUUUUUUAUUAUUACUUUUUUCUCAGUUCUUUACCUUGAGACACAGUGUUUAUCUUUUCUUAUCUUAAAUAUUGUUUGAGUGAACUUGUCCUGAUUUAUUUGCAUAAUUUAGAAGUCAGUGAAUCACAAAAUUAAAGGGAGAAAGCCAGAGUGAAAUUCUGUUGCCUAACUUGAAGUACAGUCUUCUCAAUUUCACACACUGCUGAGAAGAGAAGGAAUGAUUACUUAGACAGAAGGAAAACAAAAGGAGCCAUAUUCAAAGUAGCCUGAAGGUGUCUCCUUUACAAGUUUAAGUCAGAACACAUACUUCUUAUUUAAGGAUUUUGUACGGGUGUUGUGUAUAAGCUUAUAUGUGUGUGUACUGUGAAUAUGAAGGGCUGUGUGCCAUAACUGACAUGUGAUGAAGCCCAAUGAAUACUAAAAUUCCAAAACAGCCAUUUUAAAGACAAAAAACACACAUUUUUUUUAGCAUGGCUUGUUAAAUUAUUUUCAAACAACUGAAUGGAAUGUGUUGGCAAAAAGGGAUAUUUUAAUGGGAGAUGUAUAUUUUAUAAUAUAAUCUACAUUUCUAGAUUAGUGGAAACUUGAAUACACUAUAUGUACACAAACAUAUAUCAAAUGUGAAAUACUACAGUAUUAUUAUGAUAGAUUAUAGCAUUGUGUGAUAUUACAGCUAUGUGGCAUAUCCAGACUCAAUAGAUGUGAAAAAGAAUUUUAGACGAUUAUUAUUAUCUUCAGCUUGUGAGUGCUGGGUCAGGUUCACAGGGUAUAACUGGCAAGAGGGAUAAUUGCCAAGUAUGAUCCUCCUUAGGCCUAUUAUAUCUGUCUGUGGUUCUACCAAUAUAUACUGCUGUAUCCCCUCACUGUAUUUUCUCUUUAGAACCAACUACAUGUGCCUAACCAGCUAUAUGUGGAGGUUUCCUUUGAACACAGUUUACAGUAUAUACGUAUGUAAAUAGAAGUAUAAGAUCUGCAGAGAAUAUUGCUAAAAAAAAGUUUUUAUUGUACUGACAUGCAAUCCUUUGUCUCCCACUCUUUCACUUGCAAUACGAACAUAAGACUGGCAGAUUUUAAUGAUGUUAAUACUGCAUGUGUUAUGACAACCUCUUUGGAAAAUUUAGCAGCAUCUAAUUUUUGACCGAUAAAUAGAAAGUGAAUUUUUGUAGCUUAUAAAUGUUUUUUGUGAUUGAAAAAAACUGAAACAAUUUUACAAUGCAGUUAUUUCAAUGAGUCACUUCUUUAUACAAAGACAAUAACCUCGGCAACUGAAACACCAAUCUGUGUUUUUAUUUGAAUCUUACAACAUCGAUUUAAAACAAGCUGCCCUAUCAGUGAAAAAAAGGACUGAGCAUUGGCUGCUGUGUUGAAUUCACUUGCAGCACAGCCUCUUAUCCCCUCAUUCCUUUUCCUCUCUUACCCUCCAACUUGACAACGUCUCAGUGGUGUUUGACACAGCCCUCAUCAAAAACAAAGCACAAAGAUCUGCUAUUAUACUGUUAUUCCACUGUGAAGGACUCUUAACUCAACCCUCACAAUCCUCAAGUGCAUAGGAACGUCAAGGUCUUUCCAUUACGAGUCAGCUUUGAGGAACACCAGAAAUCAAAGAGGCUUUGUCAUAUACUUAUCAGCCGUAGCAACUGCUACUUCUUCAGUUGUCGUUGACUUUCUCCUUUAUACUUUUGAUCACAAGUUAAGGUUUUAAGAAGAAGCAGCUUUAUUUUAUUGUCAUUGUAACAUGAACAACGAAAUUUUGUUUGGAGCUGAGGGCACCCGGGUCGCUGCGUGCAAAUGUGCCGUCAUCAUGGCCAACUUGGGGGUUCAGUGUCUUGCCCAAGGACACUUCGACAUGUGGACUGCAGGCACCGAGAUUCAAACCCUGAACCUUCUGGUUGGGAGACAACUGCUCUACUCACCACACCACUGUUGCCCCCACUUAGCCUUUAAUCAGGUCCAUUGUAAACACAUUUGGUGGUGAUUUUCAUACUUUGUUCAGUAUUUUACUCAUCCAUCUUUUCUUCUAUCUGCACAGUACAAAUACAGGGCCUCAGCGAAAAAUAGCAGGUGUAGAGAUGUAUGAACUUGACCUGGGUGCUCACCAACACACCAGACAGACUACUCUCUGGACUUUAACCUCUUUCUCGAAGUGCAAAACCCAGACAUGCACAGCCAAAUGGACAAGUCAACUCAAAGUACCUCAGUUUCUAGCAGCAGUGUCUCCAACCCCGGCCUCUGUCCUCAGGACAUUCUCUCAACCCACAACCGACAGACCCUGUAAACACAGGACCGGAGCAGUCCCACAGGAAUAUUGUCCAUAUUCUCUGAACAAAAGGGGUAAAUCAUUUGUUGUAUGACCCCAUGUUCUCUAGUAGCCAUUUCUCAAGACUGGAGAGCAGUAGAGUCAAAGCCAGAGAAAGAAGUGGUGGUUGAAUUAAGAGCUCAAUUGUAGCCAAUGUGUGGGUGACGUAUACUGCGCAUCUGCAACAAAUUAAAGCAUUAGGGAUGUUGUAGCAGCAGAUUUGAGUUUUAGUUUGACACUUCUCAGAGGCAGAGCUGCUCUGACACAAAAAUAGUGGCAGCGAUUAUAAUGUUGCUCAAUAUAAUGAAAGAAACAAAGAUAUGUGCCACAUUUCUAUCACAUUUCCCAGAUGUUUUUGCACCAUAUGAGCUUUGACUGGACCAUUUUCUUCUGCAGUGGUUUAAUGGCAACCAACAGGGGUAUUAGCAUUGCAAACUCUUUAUCCUGCGGUGCACAACACCUAAUAUUUACAGAACAGUAUUGGGGCAAUUUCACAUUAAUUCACUUUUUUUUAUUGAGUUAAUUCUUUUACUAAAAUUUGGAUGGACACCUAGUGGGGCUGUUUUCAUAUUCCCGUGAAUCUCUUGUAUGUAGGUAGGAAUUGGAAUCAGGCACCAGAACAGAGGACUCUGCCACUAAAAUUUAAAACUAUUUUAUAGACGUGCAAUUACAGGAUGUAAAUACAUUGAAUGGAUAAUGCUGAGAAACUGACAAGUUGAAGUAGUAUCAGAAAUGUGGUCUGAUCUUGUGAAAACAUUUAAUACUUUAACCAAAUGUCCUUUAAAUAUACUUUGUUUUCCUGUCAGAGGUUUUACUUCUCUCUGCCUCCAGAGCAGCUCACACCCAAGAAAAUGUUUAACUGAAACUCCAAUGUGCCUUUAACACCUAGGUAUAACGGCAUUUUUAUGUGUGUAUUAACACUGUAAUUUUGCUUUACAGUACACGCAGAGGCAACCAUGUAGGUCAGAGACAACUGAGUAAUUACUACAGUGGCUAUAAAAAGUAUUCAUCCCCUUGGAUGUUUUACCAUUUUAUUGAUUUUAUAGAUCAAUCAUGGUCAGUAUACAGUAAUUUGGCUCUUUUGACAAAA